AUGACAGGCACAGAGGCGAACAAAUCAGGUAACCUCAUCAUUGGAUCUUGUGUGAUUACCGGUAGGAGCUUAUGUGUACUAUACGAUUCAGGAGUGACACACUCUUUCGUGUCGGAGUCUAUAGUGUUGGAGUUGGGUCUUCCGGUGAGGGAACUCCAGUAUGACCUGGUGGUGUCCACGCCUACUUUUGGGUUGGUCAGAACCUCGACCUUGUGUGCUAGAUGUCAGAUCGAGGUUGAGGGAUGCAAAUACCAUGUAAACCUUAUCUGUUUACCUUUGGAGGGCUUGGAUGUGAUCUUGGGAAUGGAUUGGCUAUCUGCUAAUCACAUUCUCAUUGAUUGCAAUGAGAAGAGGGUGUUGUUUCCCAGCUCAGGAGAUGAAGUUAUGGUGAUGUCCUCACAACAGGUGGAUCAAGCCAUCAAAGAGGGAUCUCGGUGUUUCUUGAUUCUAACUCAACUGUUUGUUGAGAAUGGAGAUGGACACCUUUAG